AUGCUCGUAAAUGCCCACGUCCCCGUUGUUGAGUCGCUGCAGUACGCGCAUCACGAUUGCAUCCAGAGGUGGUGCAACGAGAAGGGCAACACGCAGUGCGAAAUCUGCCAUCACCCGUUCAAAGAGGGCUACACCGCGCCGCCGCCGCCCGCCUCUCCGCCAAUCACGCCGGGGCUCGUGGCGCUGCAAUUCCGCGACGGCGCGGGGCAGCUGAGCCACAUCGUCACGUUCCGCGACGCGGUGACGGGCGAGGAGCUGCGCUUCGGCCUCGAGGACUUCGCGUCCGCGCCCGCGGCGCCGGAAAUCCCGGAGCCGGCGACCGUCAGCUGCUUAAAGUCGCUCAUUAUCAUCGUUCUACUUCUAAUAUUUGCGCGGCACUUCUUCGCACUCGUGCUGGAGGCGAGUGGCGACGACGACGACGUUGACGAAGACUCGGCAGAGUUCACGAUUUUUCUGAUGCAGCUGCUCGGCAUUCUGCUGCCGUGCUUCAUCCUAGCGCGCGCCCUCGCUGCCAUUCACGACCGCUACCGCCAGGAAUUCGCCGAGGCAGAAGCAGCCGAGGCUGCCACUCGGCUCUCUCUCCUCCUCCAAUCCCGCUUCAACACGUCAGCAUCGCGCUUCAGAUCAGGCGCAGGACCUGCUGACGUGGCACUCGAUCUGGACCUCUCACCAGACACAGACACAUCCCCCUCCUCCUCCUCCUCUUCCUCUCCUGCCUCCUCUGCUGCCUCCUCUCCAGUCCCCUCCCGACCCACCUCACCAUCGGCUGCUAGACGAUCUCUCUUUCAGGGGUUCAGGGGUGGAUAUUUCAGCAUGAAGCUCAAUGCGCAGUACUGCAGUGGUUGCAGUCACUCAUAG